GAGGGAUUCUUUGUUAUGACGUUUUGUAGUAUGUGUUAUCAGUUUUCAAAUCUAUAACCUGUAUUUCUAUUGUUGAAAAUGUUGUAGAUGAUUAAUUCCAGGAUCAAUAAUCAAUAUGACAGGUCACAAUAGUCAGUUAUUAUGGUCACUGUUUUUAUUGUCUGUCGUGAACUGCCAAACAGACGAAAUAUGCGAUGCUCAGUUGAACGCUUUUGCUAGCGCAACUUCUAAUUUUACUGCUUGUGCAAUUGUAAACUCAAAACCUAUAACAUUUUGUGAAGAUUGUGUCGAAAAUUAUAUAGAGGUCAUAGAGAGUUACCAGAAUAUGAGUAAAGUAUAUAAAGGUGCAAAAUGUAUUGAUGACUUUGUUGAUUUAGAUAGACUUCAAAUCGUGAAAACUUUGUAUGAGAACAGCUAUGAUUUAUGGAACAGAGCAAAGUGUAAUGAAUGCUUCAAAUUUGAGAACAGGAGUCUAACACCUAAUAUUUCAAAAGAAACACUUCAAUUUGAACAAUAUUAUAUUGAUUUGGUUAAAUGCAUAAAUGGUACACAUAGAAACAAUUCUGAAGAGAUAUGUCAUGAUUGCUCAAAUAAUUAUGAACAGUUGAACACUUUCUACAUCAGUAUCAGUAAUGAAAAUGAGAAAAUUGGUGUUUGCAUGGACAUAGUUGAUAUUAUGAAUACUACUCGGAGAUAUUGGAGUUCCAAGUGUUGUAAAUUCAGAAGACAUGAAGAAUAUAUUUUUAUUGCAAGUGCCAUUGGAAUAUUUACUCUAACUGCUCUUUUUUAUCUUUUGACUCAUUUUUUUGGGGAAAAAGAAAAGCCACUAAUUUUACAACAAACUCGACUAGCUGAAUCUUUGAGCCAUUUGAAUAGUGAUUUUGAUGAAAAUGAUUGAAUUAUGGUGGAUCUUUUCUAUAGAAUGUUUUACCAAGUGAUAUUAUUAUAUGAGUUCAUAUAAAAUUUCCUUUUUACAAUUAAAUCUGAAUUUUAUAUUUGUUGAAA